CAAGUAUUAUUAUUAUCUACUAUCUAGUGUAGACUUUACUACAUUAGACAACUUUCGUUUAGUGGUCACUAAUUUGUAGUCCAUCUGUUUACAUAUUCUGAUGUGUUGUACUGUUGCUUACUUGCGUAUUAGUUUAUAGUUAUUGGAGUUUAGGCCCUGACCAGAUACGGUCACUUCAUACACACAUAUAUAUAUAAACAUUUGUAUAACAUCAUAUUAAUAUCUACUGCAUCUACGCAUUUUAUUUAUAAACCGUUGAAUAGUUAACGAAAAAAAUUCUUUGACCUACAUUGUGAAUGUGUACAUGAAUGUAUUGCAGGAAUAGAAUAUUGCGUUUAUCCAGUGAUAUUUUACAGUUAAGAAACAACAUCGGUCUUAUUAGAAUAAGGACCAUGAGUCAAGGAGAAUCGGCCGACUACAAGGCAGACUUAAAAAAACGUUUAUCGCCAAUUCAAUAUCAUGUUACUCAAGAAAAAGGAACAGAGAGAGCUUUUACUGGCAAAUAUAACAAAACUACAGAAGCUGGUUUGUAUACUUGUGUAGUAUGCAAUGAAACAUUAUUCACUUCGGAAACUAAAUUUGAUUCUGGCUGCGGUUGGCCAGCUUUCAAUGACGUUAUUGAUCAGAAAAAAGUCAAACUAACAACUGAUACUUCGAAUGUUGGAGCAAAUUUGCUGUUAUUGAUAACCAAUCCAGGUAUGAUAAGAACUGAGGUGCAAUGUGGAAAAUGUGAUGCACACCUAGGACAUGUUUUUAAAGAUGGCCCACCACCAACAGGACGAAGAUUUUGUAUUAAUAGUGCUUCAAUGAAUUUUCAUCCAAUAAAUCCAGAAAAAUAAUUUUAUCAAAUGAAAUAUUGGUUAUAUUUUUGUUUGCAGUUACUUACUACAUAUUUAUUAACACAAAAUGGAUUUUAGUCACUAUAAACAUGUUAAUAUUUAUUUGUGGAAGUUUCCAUAAUUAAACUAAUACUUUAUUGUGUCAAUGAUAAUAUAACUAUUAAUUAUCAUCUUAUAAGAAAAUAUUGUGAUUAAUGUAAAAUAAUUAAUAUUUAUUUGGAAUUGGAUAAUAAAUGUGUUUGUAAACAAAA